GGUUAAGCCGAAACUGUCUGUUUCCUGUUUGUAAAGAAGUUAACGUCAGUCAGCCAAGAUAACGUAAUUAGCUUAGCAAAACCACGGGAACAUGGACGACGGCGUUCUGACAACUCUGAAAUUGUUGAUAAUCGGAGAAAGUGGUGUCGGAAAAUCCAGUCUUCUCUUGAGAUUCACAGAAGAUACAUUUGAUGCAGAAGUUGCAGCAACAAUUGGUGUCGACUUCAAAGUGAAAACUGUUGCAGUGGAUGGAAACAGAGCAAAGCUUGCAAUAUGGGACACUGCUGGCCAGGAGCGUUUUCGAACCCUGACUCCCAGCUACUACAGAGGAGCCCAGGGUGUGAUCCUAGUGUAUGAUGUUACAAAGCGAGAUACUUUCACAAAACUCAGUAACUGGCUUAGUGAGCUGGAGACCUACUGCACAAAGAAUGACAUGGUGAAAAUGCUGGUUGGGAACAAAAUCGAUAAGGAGAACCGUGAAGUAGACCGAGAGGAAGGCUUGAAGUUUGCGAGGAAACAUUCCAUGCUUUUCAUAGAGGCCAGCGCAAAGACUCGGGACGGUGUCGAGUGCGCUUUUGAGGAGCUGGUAGAGAAAAUCAUCCAGACGCCGGGGUUGUGGGAGAAUGACGAACGGAGCCAGGGGGUGCGUCUGUCCCGCGCAGACCAACAGGCAAAAGGGUCUUGUGGGGGCUACUGCUCCUUAGUUUAACUCCACCAAAAAACAGCAACAACCGAACUGAAUCACAAAGUAAAGAACAGGUUGACAGACACUUUUUAAACAGCCGCUGAAGCGCACAUUCUCGGCCUUCCGUGGCUGCAGUCAAAGGGACACUGCUGUUUGCACACUGCCGGCGUAAGGCGGCACUCUUAGAACCUUAGGUAAAACCAAGCCACCCUCACCCCCCCCCGGCUAAUGGGCCUUUGGUUUGGUCCCUUGGCGGUAGUGACCUCACCAUGGUAACUGGCGGCCAACUGUUUGAGGGCUCCAAAACCAUUUACAUGCCUUUUACAGUGAUGUCUUUUUUUAAUAUUCUGUAUGUAGUGUAGUCUAAAAUAAUGUAUGACUCUUCUUGCCUGGUGUUUGAUUUUCAAAUGUGACUUAUGAUGACAUUGACAAAUGGAAUAGUGCAAUGCCUUUUGUUUUCCCUUCUUUCCAGUAAAACAUGGCUAUAUUCCAAAAAUAGAGCAUUUUUCUCUGCAAUUACAUUUUUUUCUCCUCUGUGGUUCAAUCUCACUAAAUGCAAUAUAGUCUAUAUUUAGAUAUUUAGACACAGUGCGUCUGUGAGUACGAUUGCUUGAAAUUAUGGUUAACUGUUUUGAAGUAUAAUCAGAUAUUCUAAGGGUGUUGAGAGGUUCUCCGAGCACAUUUUAAUUUAGCCAUUUAGCAUAGUAAAUACAACGGCUAGAUAUUUAUUGCUGCAAUUGAGGUUUCUUUCUCAAGGUUAUUGAGCAUUGAAAUUGGAAAUUGAACUCACAACCUUUCAGUCACAUGUAUUUGAGGUCUUGCCUCUACCUACCUCUAUUGGGUUCAAGUCAGCACUUUGACUGGGUUACUUCAAAACUUCUCUUCAGCCAUUCAGUCCUGUACUUGCCUUACUUUUUUUUUUUUUUUAAUUUUAUUUUUUAUUAUACAUAAUUGUCUUCCGCACAGAUAGAUGAGCAGACAUUGUCCUGAAGAAUUUUCUGUUACAGAGCAGAAUUAAGUUCCUUCAAUAAUGGAAAGUUGUCCAGGUCCUGAGGUGGUAAAGUAUCCCCACACCACCAUCCCUCAUUACCACCACCUUGUUUGACUGUUGGUAUGAUGUUUCUGCUGUGAAUCUUUGCUGUAUUUGCUUUAUGCCAGACUUAUGUCAUCCAAAAAGUUCCACUUUUGACUGUGCAUAGAACAUUAUCACAAAAUGCUUGGGGAUCAUCCAGGUGUUUUAUUUUGCAAGCAUUGAUGUUUCUCUUGGUUAACAGUGGUUUUCCCCUUACUACUCUCCCGUGACUCCCAUUGUUGCCUAGUCUAUAAUUGUGGAAUCCUGAACAAUGACCAUAGCUGAAGCUAGAGAGGCCUGCAGGUUUUCUGGAAUAUUGUGUAACUUCCCAGAUGAGUUGUCACUGCCCUUUGGGAGAUUUUGGCAGGCUGGCCACUCUCCUCCUUUCCAAGUGUUCUCCAUUUGGAGAUAAUGGGUCUCACUCUGGUUCGGUGGAGUACCCAAUCUUAGAAAUGGUUUUGGAGUGGCAUCAUAGAGAUGAUGUGACAAGACCUGAAACAAGCAGUUCUUUGCUAGAAAACCUAUGAAUUUAUCAAUUAAAGCAGUUCUGCAAUGAAGAGUAAGAUAAAAUAAAUAACACUGAUACAUUUUUGGAAGAGUUUGGUUGCAAUUAUUGCAGUUAAAGGUGGUGCAACCAGUUAAGUUUAAGGGGGCAAUUACUUUUUCACGGUUAUUUUGGUUUGAUACCAUUUAACUUAAUGAAAAAAAAGUUCAUUCAAAAAAUGUUUUUGUGUUCCUUUUGUCUAAUAUAACACGUCUAAGUAUCUGAAAUAAUUCAGUGUGACAAAUAUGUAGUAAUGGAGAAAAUUGGGUGAAUACUUUUUCUCACCCCUGCAUUUCCCCCCUCCUCCACGUGGAAACCUUAUAUGCUGUACAUGAUCAGUGCUCUAAAGAACAUAACUGAAAAAUGUGGAUGUAUGUGGAGUCAGCUCAGUGACUGUGAGCAAAGCAAUUUCAGGGUUUCUAUGACAACUGGUAAAGGUGGUGUGGAUACAUUCUCUUGUAAGGGUCACUUGAGUGUCAAGGUAUAAUUUAGCAAAAAUAAAAGAAGAAUGUUGUGAAUAAA